AUGCAGAUUGCGCUGAGCAUGAUUGUGUUCUUAGUUUGUACGGCUAUAUAUUUGUCUUCUUCGUCUUGUGAAGCUACUAGUGUGAAGRAUUAUGCAGACAACAUACCAAACGCGCGAGGUCUAAAAACAGGUUUCGGGUUUGCUCACUUUAUAAAAAUUUUAAACAAAGCUUUGGACAUAAAACCGUUCAAAGWGUUUCAUGGCAAAACUUACAAAGUGUGCUUAUUAGACUGUGCWGCAGAUCAGAAAUGCGUCUCUUUUAAUUUCGCCAAAACUGAAGACUCUMAUGGACUGCAUUUGUGCGAAAUGKUGGAMACYGACAUUUUAAACAAUACUGAASUUCUCAAAGAUAAAGACAACUACCUCCACUUUACAAUCAAGACUGAAUGUCUUGUGAAUCCUUGCAAGAACCAAGGUCUUUGCUAUGCAGACUACCGCACCGGUYAUUAUACUUGCAAAUGUCAGCGAUGUUUUCAUGGAAGACACUGUGAACGAGGCUUCUUACUGUAG